UAUAAUGCUGCAAAUCAUUCCAAAAAAUCAACAACCUUUACCUUGAUGAAGUCCUUCUGAAGCCACGCCCACUGUGUGUGCUGCUCUAUUUAAACACUGCCCAAACCCAGGAGCGUUAUUCUGAACGCUGAGCUAAUUCACAGAGAGCCCAGGUGUCAGUGUUCCUGACAAACAUGUCUCUGAUUAGCCUGCUCCUAGCACACACCGCCACGGUGUCACUGGCUUUAGUUUUAACUGCUUUUAUAUUUUUAUACUUUUACUCGAAAUCCUCCAAGUCGUCUAAUUACAACUUCCCCCCCGGCCCGCCGGCUCUACCUGUUAUUGGGAACCUGAACAUUUUGGACCUGCACCAGCCACACAAAACGCUGAGUAAGCUCUCGGAGACGUACGGCAAUGUGUUUACCUUCCACAUGGGUCCCAAGAAGUACCUGGUUUUGACAGGCUAUGAGGCGGUCAAUGAGGCUCUAGUAACCCAAGCAGACGACUUCUCGGAGAGAGGCCAGACGCACACUACAGAAAUAUUCUCUAAAGGCGGGAAUGGUGUUGCCUUCGGUAAGGGGGAAUCCUGGAAGGUGAUGCGUCGAUUCACCCUCUCCACUCUGCGGGCCUUAGGGAUGGGGAAGAUGACCACUGAGGACCGGAUCAUCGAGGAGUCCCAGAGACUGGUGGAGGUCUUCCAGUCCCACAAAGGCAAACCCUUUGACCCCCAAAUCAUCAUCAACUCUGCUGUCUCCAACAUCAUCUGCUCCAUCAUGUUCGGAGACCGCUUCGACUACAGCGAUGCACAGUUCCUGAAUAUGCAAAGAAUUCUGAAUGGGAACAUGAAGCUCAUUGUGAGCCCCAAGACACAGCUGUAUAACGUGUUUCCUUUCCUGGGCUUCUUCCUGUCUGAUCACAAGAAGAUUGAUACAAAUCAAACAAUACUGCAGGAGUACUUUAGAAAUGCAUAUAAGGAUUGUAAAGACAGUGUGGACAGCAAUGACCUGAGGAGCUUCAUCGACACGUUCAUCUCCAGGCAGAGAGAAGAGGAGGCCAGAAACUCCAACAAGUAUUUCCAUGAGGGUAACAUGGCCGCCACCGUGGGGAACCUGUUUGGUGCAGGGACUGAGCCCACCUCUACCACCCUGCGCUGGGGGCUGCUGCUCAUGAUGAAGUACCCCCACAUUCAGGACAAAGUCCAGGAGGAGAUUGAGAGUGUGAUUGGGAGGGAGCGCCCCCCGCAGGCCGAGGACAGGAAGCGCAUGCCCUACAUGGACGCCGUGCUGCACGAGAUCCAGAGAGUGGGCAACGUGGUGCCCAUGAACCUGCUGCAUGAGACCACAGGGGACACCACCUUUCGGGGGUACAGGAUACCCAAGGGUACCCCGGUGAUCCCGCUGCUCUCCUCCGUGCUGUCUGAUAAGACACAGUGGGAGACCCCUCACCAGUUCAACCCCAACCACUUCCUGGACACGCAGGGCAAGUUUGUCAAGAGAGACGCCUUCAUGCCCUUCUCAGCAGGUCGGAGGCUGUGUAUUGGAGAGACCCUUGCCAAGAUGGAGCUCUUCCUCUUCUUCACCAUGCUCCUGCAGAAGUUUCACUUCCGCCCGCCCCAGGAGGUCAGCCCUGAGCAACUGGACCUCACACCCACCCCUGGCUUCACCUCCGGCCCCCAGCCCUUCCAACUGUGUGCUCUGAGCCACCCCGGCCCGCCGGCUCUACCUGUUAUUGGGAAGCUGAACAUUUUGGACCUGCACCAGCCACACAAAACGCUGAGUAAGCUCUCGGAGACGUACGGCAAUGUGUUCACCUUCCACAUGGGUCCCAAGAAGUAUGUGGUUUUGACAGGCUAUGAGGCGGUCAAGGAGGCUCUAGUAACCCAAGCAGACGACUUCUCAGAGAGAGGCCAGACACACAUUACAGAUAAUCUCUCUAGAGGCGGAAAAGGUGUUGGCUUCGGUAAGGGGGAAUCCUGGAAGGUGAUGUGUCGAUUCACCCUCUCCACUCUGCGAGCCUUAGGGAUGGGUAAGAAGACCAUUGAGGACCGGAUCAUCGAGGAGUCCCAGAGACUGGUGGAGGUCUUCCAGUCCCACAAAGGAAAACCCUUUGACCCGCAAAUCAUCAUCAACUCUGCUGUCUCCAACAUCAUCUGCUCCAUCGUGUUCGGAGACCGCUUCGACUACAGCGACGCACAGUUCCUGAAUCUGCAAAGAAUGCUGAAUGGGAACAUGAAGCUGCUUGUGAGCCCCAAGACACAGCUGUACAAUGUGUUUCCUUUCCUGGGCUUCUUCCUGUCUGAUCACAAGAAGAUUGAUACAAAUCAAACAAUACUGCUGGAGUACUUAAGAAAUGCAUAUAAGGAUCGUAAAGACAGUGUGGACAGCAAUGACCUGAGGAGCUUCAUCGACACGUUCAUCUCCAGGCAGAGAGAAGAGGAGGCCAGAAACCCCAUCACGUAUUUCCACGAGGAUAACAUGGCCGUCACAGUGGUGGACCUGUUUGCUGCAGAGACUGAGACCAGCUCUACCACCCUGCGCUGGGGGUUGCUGCUCAUGAUGAAGUACCCCCACAUUCAGGACAAAGUCCAGGAGGAGAUUGAGAGUGUGAUUGGGAGGGAGCGCCCCCCGCAGGCCGAGGACAGGAAGAGCAUGCCCUACAUGGACGCCGUGCUGCACGAGAUCCAGAGAGUGGGCAACGUGUUGCCCAUGAACUUGCUGCACGAGGCCACAGGGGACACCACCUUCCGGGGGUACAGGAUACCCAAGGGUACCCCGGUGAUCCCGCUGCUCUCCUCCGUGCUCUCUGAUAAGACACAGUGGGAGACCCCUCACCAGUUCAACCCCAACCACUUCCUGGACACGCAGGGCAAGUUUGUCAAGAGAGACGCCUUCAUGCCCUUCUCAGCAGGUUGGAGGGUGUGUCUUGGAGAGACCCUUGCCAAGAUGGAGCUCUUCCUCUUCUUCACCAUGCUCCUGCAGAAGUUUCACUUCCGCCCGCCCCAGGAGGUCAGCUCUGAGCAACUGGACCUCACCCCCACCCCUGGCCUCACCUCCGGCCCCCAGCCCUUCCAACUAUGCGCCCUGAGCCACUGAGAGACCCUGUGAUACUGCGACCCUGCCUUACUGCAUCUGCUAGACCUUACUACAGCCACUGACCCCUCACACUGGACCCUUCAGCCACUGAACUGCCAGGAUUCUGUCACCACUGAGACCCUGUGAUACUGCGACCCUGCCUUACUGCAGG